AUGGCACUUAUCCACCUAUUCCCCUUAUCCCAGAAUUUCUCCUUGCCACAUAACAUACCUAAAUAUCCCUUGAAAACUAGACCUCUUCUUCUCGACCACAAAUAUGGGCACUACUCUCGAUGCUUUGCGAGUAUACCAACUUCCCAUUCACAAGUUGAACGACAAUCCGCCAAUUACCAGCCAAGCUCCUGGAGUUACGAUUUUUUGCAGUCCUUAAAGAAUGAUUAUGCGGAUGAAAAGUACAAAGACAGGGCAAAGAAGCUGGAGGAGGAUGUGAGGAGUAUGAUUAAUAAUGAAAAUACCGACUUAUUGGCAACUCUUGAACUGAUUGAUGAUGUUCAAAGAUUAGGUUUGGGAUACCGAUUUGAGAGGGAAAUAAAAAGAGCCCUCGACAACUUUGCAUCUUCAAAAGGCUAUAAUGAUGAAAGAAUUGAGAAGAGUCUCCAUGCUACUGCUCUAAGCUUUAGGCUCCUCAGACAACAAGGCUAUCAGGUCUUUCAAGAUGUAUUUAACAGUUUCAAGAACGAUAGUGGGAAUUUCAAGGAAUGCCUUACAAAGAAUGUCAAAGGAAUGUUGAGUUUAUAUGAAGCUUCUUAUCUUGGCUUUGAAGGAGAAAACCUCUUGGACGAGGCCACGACAUUCACAAGAAUGCAUCUCAAGGACCUCAAAGGAGAUGUGAGCAAAAGCAUGGCAGAACAAGUUAGUCAUGCAUUGGAGGUUCCAUUGCACCAUAGAAUGCUAAGGCUAGAAGCUCGGUGGUAUAUUGAGGCAUACAAUAAGAGGGAAGAUGCAAAUUCUCUUCUACUUGAACUUGCAAAGUUGGAUUUUAACAUAGUGCAGUCUGUGUUUCAAAGAGAAAUUCAAGAUGUGUCAAGGUGGUGGAAAGAUAUGGGCCUGGCAAACAACCUGAGUUUCACCAGAGAUAGACUGAUGGAAUGCUUCGUUUGGGCUGUUGGAAUAGCCUUCGAACCCCAAUUAAGUAAUCUUCGUAAAGGGUUAACGAAAGUGGCUGCUCUUGUAACCACCAUUGAUGAUGUCUAUGAUGUUUAUGGCACUUUGGAUGAACUAGAGCUGUUUACAGAUGCUGUAGAAAGAUGGGAUAUCAAUGCCUUGAAAAAUCUUCCCCACUAUAUGAAGUUAUGCUUCUUAGCUCUCUACAACACUGUCAAUGAGAUGGCAUAUGAAACUCUUAAGGAGAAAGGAGAAAACACCCUUCCAUACCUAACAAAAGCGUGGGCUGAUCUGUGCAAAGCAUUCCUACAAGAAGCAAAAUGGUGUUACAACAAAGAUAUGCCAACUUUUAAGGACUAUCUUGACAAUGCUUGGCUAUCCGUUUCUGGGGCAGUGUUCCUUGUUCAUGCUUAUUUUUUUUGGAAUCAAAAGUUCACAAAGCAGGCAAUUGAGGGCUUAGAAAAAUAUUUUAACCUUUUGCGUUGGCCAUCAAUUAUUUUUCGACUUUGCAAUGAUUUGAGUACUUCGACGGGAGAGUUAAAGAGAGGUGAAAUUGCAAAUUCAAUCAAUUGCUACAUGUGUGAAACCGGUGUUUAUGAGGAAGUUGCUAGCAAACACAUGAGUAACAUGAUUGAGAGGACUUGGAAAAAGAUGAAUGAAGAGCGAGUAGUUGAUUCUCCAUUUGGAGAACGUUUAGUGGUAACAGCAAUAAACCUUGCUCGGAUUGCCCAAUGCACGUACCAAUAUGGAGAUGGGCACGGAGCACCAGACAUUCAAGCAAAAAAUCGAGUCAUGUCAUUGAUAGUAGAGCCUAUUGCACUAGUUGAGUGAUAGACUCUUGUUUAUCUAUUUAGAACAUGUAUGUGGCAAAGAUGUGUGCUGAGAAUGAAAUAUUUGGUUCCAAAUAAAGUAGAGGUCUUCUAGCUACAAAAUGUUACACUUUAAUGAUUGGUGGA